AUGCCGGUCUCAAAUCCCCGUCGCAGACCUCGGUCAGAUAUCGAGAGCGACGAUGAUGGUGACUUCGUCAGACGCUCCCAAAGCUCAAGCCCUGCGGAGUCCUCGAAACGCGCCAGAACGAAUGGCUACCACAGCGAUCAGCUGUCUGAAUCACCCGAACCUCUUGCUCACCAUAUGAAUGGCACUGGGAGGGGGAAUGGACGGGUCUACGAGGACGGAGACGAGGACGAACAUCGUACAGGCCCGGACGAAUUCCAGCCUGGCGCUAUUGUUCGGGUCAAGCUGAAGAACUUUGUUACCUACGAGAGCGCCGAGUUUUUCCCUGGCCCGAGCAUGAAUAUGGUCAUCGGUCCAAACGGUACAGGCAAGAGCUCUCUGGUUUGUGCAAUAUGUAUCGGACUUGGCUGGGGAACCAUCAACUUGGGCCGUGCCAAAGACUUUGGAGAGUAUGUCAAGCACAACACGAAAGCAGCAGAUAUCGAAAUCGAGCUGCAGAAACGACCUGAUGAGACUGAAAAUCAUGUUGUACGCGUUAGAAUCACCAAGGAUGGCAACACACGAGAUUGGUGGUUGAAUAAUCGGAAGACUUCCCUGAAAGCUGUCCAAAAGCUAGUCAAGGAUUUCUCUAUUCAGAUUGACAAUCUUUGCCAAUUCUUGCCUCAGGAGAAGGUUUCCGAAUUUGCAGGACUUUCUCCCAUAGAACUUUUACGCGAAACUCAGCGAGCCGCCGCACCACCACAGAUGCUCGAAUGGCACGAGUCGCUCAAAGACCUUCGAAAAACACAGAAAGCGUUGGAGCUGCAGCAAAAGACAGAUAGAGAUCAGCUAGCAAAUUGGGAAGUCCAUCAACAAAAUCUAGGGACCGACAUCCAGAAGUUGGAGGAACGAGAAGUCAUAUUGAAGGAGAUCAAGCGUCUUGAGAGAACUAUUCCAUGGGUUGAGUACCGUGCUGCUCGCGAUGCCUACAAAGUGCGUGCCGGGGUCAAGAAAGAAGCACAACGGCGUCUUAGAGAACUGAAAGCAGAAGUUGAGCCGAUCAUGAACCAAAUCAAGGCCAAAGAGCAGUACGCCAGCCAAAUUUUAAGGGUCGUCAGUGAACGAAAGACCGCUGUUGUGGACGCCGAGCGAGAAGCAGACUCUAAGGUUCAGGAAAUGGAAUCGCUGGGAGAAGAUAUUAAGAAGUACACUGCAGAUGUUGAAGGAGAGAACAAACGCCACCAAACCCAAAAGGCGGCCGUUGCAAAAGUGCAGAAAUCAAUCACAGAUAUGAAGAGCAAGCUUCACGACGAGCCUAUCGAGUUCGACGGUCCUGCUUGGAACGAACGUAUAAGAGCGAAAGAGAAUGAAGUUCGGCUUCUGAGAGGGGAAAUCGAGGAGCUCCACGCUAGCAAUUCUGAGAAGAGCCAGCAGGGCAGAGAGAUCCGCCAGAAAGUCGACAUGCUUAAGAUAGAUUUGGCCGCUUUCGACACCCAGCAAGGGCAGCAGCUAAACAAACUUGAAAGAUCGGCUAAAGAUGCAGCUGUAGCUUGGAAGUGGGUACAAGAGCACCGAGACAAGUUUCAGGAAGAGGUUUAUGGGCCACCCCUCGUCACCUGUUCACUUAAAGAUCCUCGAUAUGCAGACGCAGUUGAAGCUCUUCUUAGCAGGAACGACUUUCUCGCAUUUACGGCCCAAAAUCUGGAUGACAUGAAGACAUUGAGCGGACAAUUUACAGGUACCAUGGGUCUUGCUGAUAUCACAGUGCGUUCUACGACUAGUGGAUUAUCCGCGCAGCGUCGAUUAUCUGACCAAGACUUGCAACGGCUCGGCUUUGAUGGAUGGGCGAUUGAUUAUAUCGAUGGCCCAGAACCAGUGCUGAGUAUGUUGUGUGAUGCUAGAAAGUUGGAUAACAGUCCCGUCGCCCUUCGCGAAAUCAGCGAAGAAAGCUACAACGAGAUUGUCGACGGAGAAAGAGUGACUCAUUUCGUCACCGGCAGCAAUUUUUAUCAGGUGUCGAGGAGAAGGGAGUAUGGGCCUGGAGCAGUUUCAACUACGACCAAGCACGUCGCAGAUGCUGUAAACUGGACCGACCAGCCAGUAGAUGUUUCCGCCAAACGAGAGGUUCAAGAGCGAAUCGACGCAUUGGAACGAGAAUUCGAGGAGCUGAAAGCCGAGAUAAAGCCUUUGCGAGCGGCUUUGGCAGAAAAGAAAGAACAGCACCCUCAACUGCAGGAGGAGAUCAAAAGCUUGACCAAAGAGAAAGCCGACAUUCAGAAAGUGUAUAGCGAGCAGCAGAGCCUUCCCGCCAAAAUCGCACGCGAAGAGGAGCUCCUUAAAAGAAAGCAAUCCGGAUUUGCUGAGAUUCGGGAGGAAAUCCACAAGAUCAAUGUUCAACAUGAUCAUGCUGUCAUUCGAAGAUCGAAGCUUGCUCUCCAGUACAAGGAAAUCGUGAAAAAGAUCCGAGCUUGUCAUGAGGCGGUUCUAGAAGCGAGAGUUAUGGCUAUUGAAGCAGAAUCCGAUGUAGCUGGCUUAACCGAACGUAAUGCUGACAUUGUGCGUGAAGUCAAAGAGGAAGAACUUCGACUCAAGGAGGCGCAAGAGCAGCUAGAAGACUUCAAGGCAAAAGCCAAUGCAGCUCUCGUUGCAGUAACAGCGAUCCAAGCCGACCCAGAGAACGAAGAACAUCUCGAGAGCUGGAAGCACCUGGCACCAGAGCUUACUGUCGAUGAAUUGCAAGCUCAAAUGGUUGCCGAGUCGACUAGGCUCGAGUUCGUUGUCGCAAGCAAUCCUAACGCCAUCAACGAAUACAAGCGGCGACAAGCCGAAGUCGAUAAACUUAAUCGAAAGGUAGCCGAGAAUGAAGAAAAGCUCGAGGAUGUUGGAAGUAGCAUUACGGAGAUUCGCGAGCAAUGGGAACCACAGCUGGAUACUCUCAUUGCUGAGAUCAGCGAAGCUUUCUCUCACAACUUUGAGCAGAUCGGCUGCACAGGACAGGUUGGCGUUCAUAAGGACGACGAUUUCGAUCUUUGGCAAAUUCAAAUCAAGGUCAAGUUCAGAGAAAACGAAGAUCUUCAAAUCCUCGACUCACAUCGCCAGUCUGGUGGUGAACGGUCCGUUUCCACAAUCUUCUUCCUCAUGUCCCUCCAAUCCCUCGCACAAGCACCCUUCCGAGUCGUCGACGAGAUCAACCAAGGCAUGGACCCUCGAAACGAGCGCAUGGUCCACGAACGUAUGGUUGAAAUCGCCUGCAAAGAACACACCAGCCAAUAUUUCCUCAUUACGCCUAAACUGCUGACUGGACUCCGAUAUGACAAGCGUAUGAAGGUGCUGUGUAUUGCCAGUGGGGCGUGGAUGCCGGAGAACUACAAGAAGCUCGAUGUCUCGAAGAUCAUUGGCAUCAAGAGAUCUCUCGUGGCUGCUGGUUGAUUGAAUGGCACUAGGACUGAGAAUGGGGUUGAGAUUGGCAACUUUUGAUACUUACGGCGUUGGGCUCGGAGUUGAUGAUACCUAUGUUCUUGCAAGCAUCAUUUUGGGACGGAGCACUCGCCACUGGAGGCUCACGUCAUUGUGGAAUUAUACAUUAACGCCAUACACGACAUUGGUAAUACUGCCAGAAUCAAAGGGGCACGGCGAGGACGGAAUGGACGGAUGUUAUUCUGUGGGAUAGAGAGACAAAUAUCCUCCCCGUCUUGAAGUAUGUAGAAGAGAUGCCUCGCACUCACAAGCUCUACGUUAUAAUUGAAUGAUCACCAAAUCUCCAAUUUAUUCUAAACCUGUACAUCUCCCAGGACUCUCGGGACUCUCAGGACUCAAAGCGCGCCAGGCUUUGGGCAUUUGUGGUUGGGCUGAAGUGUGAAAAAGCCUCCACGGGACGGACGUUCUUGACUAACUUAAUUGUGUGCUUAUUGUUUAUCGACUUGUGUAUAAAGAGACUGAGAAGGAUCGUGGGUACCUAAUGAGCCAUUAAAUUUGCAAGA